UCUAUAGGUGACUUGUUUCCUGCUCUGGAUGUUCCGCGAAAAAGGGAUUUAGAUUUUGAAUCAACGGUCCGACAAUCUACUCUGGAUCUCAAAUUGCAACCAGAAGACGGUUUUGUACUAAAAGUUGUACAGUUAGAGGAAUUGCUUCAUGUUCGUCAUUCAGUUUUCAUUGUUGGAUUUGCUGGAACCGGAAAAACGGAAGUUUGGAAAACACUUAAUCGAACAUACUUUAAUCAACAAUUAAAGCCAUAUUAUAAUGACUUGAAUCCGAAAGCAGUGACUAAUGACGAACUAUUUGGAAUUAUCAAUCCUGCAACGCGGGAAUGGAAAGACGGAUUGUUCUCCGUGAUAAUGAGAGAUCAGGCAAACAUGACAGGAAUUGAUCCAAAAUGGAUCAUUUUUGACGGCGAUAUAGAUCCGAUGUGGAUCGAGUCAUUAAACACUGUCAUGGAUGACAACAAAGUAUUAACUUUGGCUAGCAACGAAAGAAUCGCUUUAACGGAACAAAUGAGGCUUCUCUUCGAGAUUUCAAAUCUUAGGACAGCAACGCCAGCUACUGUUUCUAGAGCAGGAAUUCUUUAUAUAAAUCCACAAGAUAUUGGGUGGUAUCCAUUUGCAACCAGCUGGAUAGAAACAAGAGAUCCAGCUGAGAGAGCGAAUUUAACUAUUCUGUUCGAUAAAUAUGUACCAUCCCUUGUAGAAAUGACAAAAUCUAGGUUUAAAAAAAUUACGCCAUUACCAGAAAUAUGUCACGUGGAAAUGCUUUGUAAAUUACUGGACUAUUUUCUGAUUAAGGAAAAUGUAACACCGGAUUGCCCAAAGGAAUGGUACGAAUUAUACUUUGUAUUUGCCUGUAUUUGGGCGUUCGGAUCAGCGACCUUUCAAGAUCAAUUGAUCGAUUGGCGAAACGAGUUCAAUAAGUGGUGGCAAAAUGAAUUUAAGACUGUUAAGUUUCCUACUGGUAGCAACGUAUUUAAUUUUUUCAUCGAAAACGAAACAAAGAAAUUGGUUCCAUGGAGUGAGAAGAUACGGACGUUUGAGCUGGAUCCUGAUAUACCUCUCCAAGUUUGUUUAAACAAUUUUUCAUUUUAAAAAAUUCUUUAGAUAUUAAACGAAUGUUAGAAUAAGAUAAUUUAAGUCUUUAUUCUUCGACUCGUUUCUAGAACUUCAUCCUUUCUUUUUACUGAAGGAUCUGCUGUAAAUGCUUUACGUAGAUCUUUAUUAUACAAGGAAUUUCAUUUUAAUCGCCCACAAUCUAAUUUAAACUAUAUGUUAUUCGAAGAAGUAUUUCAAGUAAAACUUGUUCUGUCUGAAGGAGGACGUCUUAUGACAACCAUAAGAUUUGUCCGUGUAGAGGACUUUUCAAGGUGACCCUUUUUUUGAAUGGAACUGUAUAUUUUUUAUAAGUAGAGCUUGAAAGAUACUUCAGUACUAAUUUCAUGAAAUGGAGUGUAUAAAAGACUAACAAAACAUAAAUAUAAAAGCGUUAUCUUUCCUUGUAUUUAAUAUCUCUUUCUGCAGAGAAUUAAAAAAUGCAUCGAAUGAUGA